AUGCUUCAAGCGCUGCAGGAAGGCUAUAGCUAUAGCGUGCAUGAACCGCUAGAACGCAGCGUCGCUAGGCCGCCAUGUAGCGGGUGCGCUCCGCUGUUGCCGCCCUCCCUGCAGCGCGACCUGAACUUCUCCCAUUUAGCGCAGGGCUGUCAGCUGCAGGUCACAUGCUUCCCCCCUGAGCCAGUCACAGCGCACCGAUUUACCCCCCAGGAGCGGCCAGGCAAUCCCUCCUCCUCUAUUCCUGUUACAGACUCGACAACUUGUUCUAGUAACGACAAUACACGCUCAAUCGGUGGUCGUGAGCGAGGAGGGAGUGUAGAAUUGUCUGCGAAAAGCACCUCGUCGCCAUCCCGUUCGCCGAUUCCAACGCCAGACCUGACAUCUUGUGUUCGACCACACGACAGCGACAAUACCUACGAGCUCUCCGAUUACAAAGAGAUUGCAGGGCGCAAGGCUACUGAAGACCGCGAGCGUCGACGACAAGAGAAACGGGCGUCGAAGCGACAUUGGCUAGAGACACGGGACGAGAUGAAGUUCUCCCAUAGCAUUCAGUUCAACGCUGUUCCUGAUUGGAGCAGCCACUACAUUGCAUACAGCAAUCUCAAGAAACUCAUAUACCAGCUUGAAAAGACUGCGCAUCAAGCGAGAGCCGGCGAUGCUGAAUCACGACCCCUUAUAUCGGCCGAGGAGCCAGAGGAAGUCUUCAGCAAAUCACUAGGCGUUGAGCUGGAAAAGAUUUGCUCAUUCUACUCUCUCAAGGAGGGAGAAUUGCUCGAGGAAGUUAGCCAGCUUCUACACGAUGUAGGAGAGGGCCCUUCUCUUGAAACAUCGACUACGUUGCGCCCAACGCAAUCCGAAACCCAAAGCACCCACGCUCGACCUACUAGCCUGCAUAGCCGUGGCUCCGAUGACGAUGACAGCGCGACCGACGAUGACGAAACCACCGGUCUCACGAGACGCAAAGGCAGCAGUAGAUAUGGCCGGAGAAAGACUGCGUCUAGCAUCCCAGACAUGGGUGCAUCUUCAGAGUUUGGACGAUCUAGGAGAUACAGCACUACCAUAGAUGACUAUGGCGAUCAAUCUUUCCUCUUCGGCUCGACGCUGUACUCGUCCGCCAUUAUGCUGAAGAAGCGCAUAGUAGCCCUCUAUGUGCAGCUAUGCGAGCUUAAGUCAUACGCACAGCUUAACAAGACCGGCUUUAGCAAGGUUCUCAAGAAAUUUGACAAGAUUCUUGACAAAGAGCUGCGAUCAUCUUACAUCAGCACCUAUGUCGAUACAGCAUAUCCCUUCAAGCCGGAGACUAAGAAACUGCUCGAAGAAAAUAUUGCCAAGAUGGAGGCCGCUUACGCUGAUGUCGUUACCGGCGGUGAUGAGGAACUUGCUAGAAAGGACUUGCGUUCUCAUCUUCGAGAGCACGUUGUUUGGGAGCGCAACACCGUAUGGAGAGAUCUGAUUGGUAUCGAGCGCAGAGGAGAGGCCGCCAGAAUUGGCCAAACAUUGCUGGGACAAGACUCUGGCAUCACACCAAAGAGAUUGCAGGGCGAUGAUGAGAUCAUACCAGCAGAAACGCAGAUCAAAACGCCUAUUGGCAGAAUAGUUCUUCCUUCAUGGUUAUCCAACAGCUCUGUGCUCGCUCUCUUCAUAUCUGUUGCGGCAUUCUUCCUGCUGCUGUUUAUUCCCAUCUUGCAGAACCCUGAGCAACAGAAUUGCCUGGCGCUUCUUGUUUUUGUCAGUCUUCUGUGGGCUACUGAGACUAUCCCCCUGUUCGUUACGUCUCUCCUCAUCCCCUUCCUGGCCGUCGUUCUUAGAGUGGUUCGUGAGGAGGAUCCUACCAAGCCUCAAAAACGACUCACUUCAAAGGAAGCCACCUCUGCCAUUUUCUCUGCCAUGUGGUCGCCUGUUAUCAUGCUACUACUUGGUGGCUUUACCCUCGCUGCUGCCCUGUCCAAGUGCAAAAUCGAUAAGCGCCUUGCGACGCUCAUCUUGAGCAAAGCUGGCACUCAGCCGAGAACUGUAUUGAUUGCAAACAUGUUUGUCGCUGCCUUUGCGUCUAUGCUCAUCAGCAACGUGGCUGCUCCUGUUCUUUGCUUUUCAAUCAUUGAGCCUAUGUUGCGAACUCUGCCGUCAGACUCGAAUAUGUCCAAGGCUGUCAUCAUUGGUAUCGCCCUUGCUUCGAACAUCGGUGGCAUGCUGUCACCAAUUGCGUCACCGCAAAACGUCGUAGCCAUGGGAAUUAUGCAACCUGAGCCUACCUGGUUGCAGUGGUUCUUCAUCGUCAUUCCCGUUGGCAUAGUCUCCAUUGUCUUGAUCUGGUUGCUUCUGUUGGUCACGUUCCAGCCUGGCAAGGGAACAUCCAUCGCACCGAUCCGCCCUCUUAAGGAGAAAUUCACCGGUGGGCAAUGGUUCGUAUCCAUCGUUACCAUCAUCACCAUUGUUUUGUGGUGCACUAGCCAUACUCUGGAGUCUGUAUUUGGAGACAUGGGUGUUGUGGCCAUCAUUCCCAUUGUGCUCUUCUUUGGCAUUGGCAUCUUGACCAAAGAAGAUUUCAACAACUUUCCUUGGACAAUCAUCAUCCUGGCUGCAGGUGGCUUGUCACUCGGCAAGGCCGUCCGAUCUUCGGGCCUGCUCCAUACCCUUGCCGACAUUGUCUCACGCGAGGUUGAGGGCAUGAGCUUAUACGGCGUUCUGGUUGUGUUCUCCUCUUUGAUUCUUGUCAUUGCUACCUUCAUCAGCCACACGGUGGCCGCCCUCAUCUUCCUCCCUCUGGUGUAUGAUGUGGGCGUGGCUAUGGACCAGCCGCACCCCAACCUCCUUGUUAUGGGUGGCGUUCUGAUGUGCAGCGCUGCGAUGGGUCUACCUACAAGCGGUUUCCCCAACAUGACCGAGAUUGCGAUUCGUUCCCUAGAGCUGGCCGACGCCAUGCUCUCCGCCUUUACAGCUCGCCCUAUCAUAGAGCUCCGACAGCGGGACAAGUCAAAGAUUGAGACGAUCCUCGCUUAUGGUGACCGAAUUCUCGUCGGGCUCAAUAACGGCGCUCUUCGGGUCUACCGCCUCAACGAGCUUCCCGCUAACGGCGCUUCAACGCCUCCACACACCGCAAAUGCGACUCCUCCUCAGAAUGGCGACCAUCAGCCCACAGACUCGGCCGCCAAGCCGACGGAUUUAUUACGUGAGGUCGAACGAUUCUCUACGCGGGCGAUAGAACAGCUGGCAAUCAUAAAGGAAGCAAACACCAUCGUCUCUCUAUCCAACUAUCACGUCUCUCUUCAUGACCUACAAUCCUACGAUCUCAUCGAGACCCUGUCGCGAACCAAGAAUGCGUCAUGUUUUGCCAUCACGUCCAAUAUUGUUAGAGAUCCCGACACUGGCGUCCCAGAAAUCAUCAGCCGGCUAGCCGUUGCGGUCAAGCGGCGGCUUUUGUUAUGGAACUGGCAUGAGAGCGAGCUCAGCAAUGACGUCUCCGAAGUGGUGCUAUCUGAGUCUAUUCGAUCAAUAACAUGGGCGAGCGCGACGAAGAUAGUCUGUGGCAUGAACGGAGGUUAUGUCAUUGUUGAUGCCGUAACGCAAGAGGUCGAGGACAUUGUGAGCCCGGGUGCUGUGGGAGUGUCGGGUCAAGGAAGCCGGUUUGGAGCUGUGAGCAGUGCAGGAAUGGGAUACAUGGGCCUCGGAAGCUACAUGCCCAAGCCCCUAGCCGCCAAGUUGGCUGAUGGCGAAAUGCUCCUUGCCAAGGACAUCAAUACGCUAUUCGUCAACGAUGAGGGCAAGGCCUUGGAGAAGAGGCAGAUCCCGUGGCAGUCUGCGCCUGAGUCCAUCGGAUACUCGUAUCCGUACAUUGUGGCUCUACAACCUCCCUCUAAGGGCUCACUUGAGGUCCGGAACCCUGAUACUCUGUCUCUUAUGCAGACUAUUCAACUGCCUGGUGCUGCUCAGCUGCAUUUUCCUCCGCCUACUUCGAGCCUAGCCCAUGCCGGCAAAGGAUUUCACAUCUCAAGUGACCGCUGUGUGUGGAAAAUGGGAGCUACAGACUAUGACGCUCAGAUUGGGGAGCUCAUUGAGGCUAGCAGGUUUGACGAGGCCAUUAGCGUGUUACAAAUGCUUGAGGAUGCUCUUUUAAAGAACAAGAAAGAGACUCUCCGAGAGGUCAAAAUGCUAAAGGCAGAAGGUCUCUUUAAGCAAAAGAAGUUUCGACAGUCGAUGGACUUGAUGAACGAAGAUGAUGUUCAUGCCCCGCCCGAGCGAGUCUUGAGAAUGUACCCACCUCUUAUUGCAGGAGAGCUCUCUAGAUGGGCAAAUUACCAGGAGACCCAAGAGAAUGCAGACAGUAAAGUGAAAAAGUCAAAUGGAACAAGACCGAAUAGUCCAGAAAUUACUACCAGCGAACAUGCCGAGUCUCCCACAGUCGGAGGGUUUGUGAAGUAUUUCAAGGGAACCCAAAAGAAACCAACUGACGUCACUUCAAUAAUCUCGACGAAAAAGGAUGGAGAAACAGAAGACUCGGACAACGCCAAAGAAGCACCGGUAUCAGAGGACACACCCCUUUCAGGCAAGGAGCUUACAAAGGCCGUCUUGGAGCUGAACAGCUAUCUCGCUGGCACUCGAGCUCGCCUCCAGCGUGUCAUUGAUCCUGUCACCGGUAAACUGAAGCCGCGAGUAGAUCAGCCUAGCUCGACGGCAGAGGCGGAAGACCGACUUCUGAAGAUUACGCCAGAUGAAUCCGACAAAGAGCGUGAGCAAAAGCUGUGCGAAACUUUCCGAUUAGUUGACACAACUCUCUUUCGCGCAUACAUGUUCUCACAGCCGUCUCUUGCCGGCUCACUAUUUCGUAUUCCGAACUUUUGUGAUCCGGAUGUCGUGAACGAAAAGCUGUUAGAGCACGACCGCUACACGGAGCUGAUUGAUUUCUUCCACGGCAAAAAGCUGCACAAGUCAGCCCUGGAAUUGCUGCAUAAAUUUGGCGCUACUCCGAAGCCAAACGAAGCAGCCCCAACUCUACACGGUCCAGAUCGCACCAUACAGUAUCUCAAGAGUCUUCCACCCUCAGAAAUCGAUCUAAUCCUCGAGCAUGCUGAGUGGACGUUGAAGGCGAAUCCAGAAUAUGCAAUGGAGAUAUUCACUGGCGAUACAGAGAAUGCGGAAACUCUACCGGCAGAGAAAGUCUUGCCUUACCUCCGAGACCUUGAUCCAAAACUUGAGAGACAAUACCUGGAACACAUCAUCAUGGAGCUUGAUGAUACCACGGCGGAUUUCCAUAACCGACUUGUCGAGCUCUACGUUUCAAGCCUGAGCAACAGCGAGAGGGGCCAUGAUUGGGAUGACCUUGAAGAAAGAUUUGUCAAGUUCUUGCGAGAAUCUCGACAGGUCUACAGUCUCACCAAGGCAUUUGCAUUGAUACCUAAGGAUGAUCCCGCUUUUUACGAAGCUCAAGCUGUUGUAUUAAGCAACAUGGGGCAGCAUCGACAAUCUCUAGAGAUUUAUGUAUUCAAGAUGAAGGAUUAUGUCAAAGCAGAAGACUAUUGUAAUCGUGCACAUAGAUCGCAGGCCCCAUCUACAACCCCUUCAGAUGACCCAGACGAAUCAGCAUCGUCUGUAUAUCACACGCUACUCUCCCUCUAUCUUCAACCACCUCCGCCUCACAAACCAAACCUCGAGCCAGCUCUGGACCUGCUUUCCAAGCACGGCUCUCGCCUGCCUGCCACGUCGACACUUGGGCUGAUCCCCGAUGAUCUUCCCGUAGGCUCGCUCGAAGCCUAUUUCCGCGGGAGGAUACGGGCAGCAAACAGCCUCGUCAAUGAAUCUCGUAUAAUGGCCGGCUUGCGAAAAGCCGAAGGCAUAUCCGUGGCCGCAGAAUUACAGCUAGGCGACGGUAAACCCGGAGCGCAAGGCGGCCGGAAUCGCCACGUCGUGAUCCAUGACGAAAGGCACUGUGUCGUCAACGGGCGCUAA